AUCUGCCUUUGGCACCGCUGAUCUCUUUUGGUUCCAAGACUUGGACUGCGUCAACGGCGUCGUUGUCAUGAAUGACUCUAACAAUCAAGAUCGCAAAUCAGCAGUGAAUAAUCAUAAUUCGAAGCGUUUAACAAAUAAUAAUGUCGAGAGAAAACCACCACCAUUGCUAAUACAUUCGGCCGCACUUUCUAAGCUGAAUAGCUCAACCACCAUUACACCUUUAUGCGAACGAAAAAUUAAGGCAGAGCCAAAAUUCUUGAACCAGGAAGUACGGAUCUACGCUGAUGGUAAAUGGAACAACAACGAUUCUGAUCGUGGUGAUCCUCCUCGAUAUUGGUGUGAGAAAUGUGGAAGGAUUUAUUCUAACAGGAAUAAUUUGCAGAGACAUUGUCGUUACGAAUGUGGAACUGACCAUUCGGCUUUCAAGUGUCCAUAUUGUCCCCACUCAUCCAGACGCAAAGAUAAUUUGAAAACUCAUAUCGUUAAAAAGCAUAAUCCGAAUUAUGCAGGUUGAUUUUUAUAUUAUGGUACCUAUAUAGUUUAUCAUAGUGCGCUGGAUCUAUUUUAUGUUUUUAUGCUCAUAAAAUUCAGUUUAAUUGUGCAAAUUUAAUUUGUACACUGUCACCAUGCGGCCUAAAUUUCU